AUGGAACUUGAGUGCACACUUUUAAAAUUAAUAUUAAUACUUAUCACAGCGUGCUCCGUCAGAAGUAACUCACAUGGCACCUUUGGCAGUGGAUACAGUUCACUAGGUGGCCUUGGAAGUGGAGGCAAUUCCCUGCGAAGUCUUGGAAGUGGAAGCGGCUCAUUUGGUAGUCUCGGUGGCAGCAGUUCGCUCAGUGGUCUGGGUAGUGGGAGCAGUUCUUUAGGCAGUCUUGGCAGUGGAAGAAACUCCUUUGGUAGCCUUGGCAGCAGUGGAACUUCAUUCGGUGGUCUAGGUAGUGGAGAUAGCUCUUUAGGCAGUCUUGGCAGUGGAAGAAACUCUUUUGGUAGCCUUGGCAGCAGUGGAACUUCAUUCGGUGGUCUAGGUAGUGGAGGUAGCUCUUUAGGCAGUCUUGGCAGUGGAAGAAACUCUUUUGGUAGUCUCGGUGGAAGCAAUUCGCUCAGUGGUCUGGGAAGUGCGGGCAGUUCUUUGGGCAGUCUUGGAAGUGGAAGAAACUCCUUUGGUAGCCUUGGCAGGCGUGGAACUUCAUUCGGUGGUCUAGGUAGCGGCGGUAGUUCUUUCGGGAGUCUUGGAAGUGGAAGAAACUCUUUUGGUAGUCUCGGUGGAAGCAGUUCGCUCAGUGGUCUGGGAAGUGCGGGCAGUUCUUUGGGCAGUCUUGGAAGUGGAAGAAACUCAUUUGGUAGCCUUGGCAGCAGUGGAACUUCAUUCGGUGGUCUAGGCAGCGGUGGUAGUUCUUUCGGGAGUCUUGGAAGUGGAAGAAAUCCGUUUAGUAGUCUUGGCAGCAGUGGAACUUCCUUCAGUGGUCUGGGAAGUGGGGGUAGUUCUUUGGCCAGUCUUGGCAGUGGAAGAAACUCCUUUGGUAGCCUUGGAAGUGGAAGAAACCCGUCUGCACAACAUACAGCUAUUUUUGAACAAGAUCUUUGUCAGCUGGUCGAAGCAUUAAAGGAAUUUACCUUUCUGGAUAUUUAUGGCGACAUUCAUUGUGAAAAAGUUGAAGCUUAUCGAUUAAUGACUCAAACUCGCUUUCCUAAUAGUCGAAUAAAUGUUGAAGUAUCAAGAUUUUGUCUUUGGCUUUAA